CACGCUUUAAUUUCAGCAUAUAAGUGGGAGGCCUCUCCUCCCUCGUAUCCUCAAAAACAACCCUAUAUACAAAACAACCCCACCAGGCCAUUAUUCUUCACAUUUUUUUCUCUUGUUAACUAAACAUAUAUUUUAUCCACGCUCUUCAGAUUUUCAAUUUGGUUAUAGUUUCGGAAGCAAAUGCAAAAGAUGGGUACGGAUGACGGAAGAACAGGGUUGCCGGAAAAUUAUAACCGCCAUGACCAUUACCACUCCGACACGGAGGUUGUAGCUGUUGACAGGAAGGCAUUCAGCGGUCCGUUAAGUGGGCCGUUGAACAAAAGAGGUCACCGGAAAAGCCCUAGGUUUAAUAUUCCCGACGGUGCUCCGGGGAGUAGCAGCGGCAGCGUGAAGUCGAACAAUGACGACUACGUGGAAAUCACUUUGGACGUCCGUGACGACUCGGUGGCGUUACACAGCCUGAAGACAGCCGACGGAGCUGACGUGGAGGAUCCUGAGCUGACUUUGUUAGCUAAAGGAUUGGAAAAGAGGUCGUCUUUUGGUUCGUCGGUGGUGCGAAAUGCGUCGUCGAGGAUCCGGCAGGUGUCUGAAGAGUUAAAACGGUUGACUUCAUUCUCGAAACGGCAACCCGCCGGUCGUUUAGAGAGAACUAAAUCCGCUGCAAGUUAUGCUCUCAAGGGACUUAAGUUUAUCAGCAAGAACGACGGAGGUGCGGCGUGGAGCGCCUUGGAGAAGCGGUUUGACGAUCUCACCAAACCCACCAAUGGCCUUCUUCCACGCUCGCUUUUCUGGGAAUGCAUUGGGAUGAACAAAGAUUCGAAAGAAUUCGCUGGCGAGCUUUUCGAUGCAUUAGUUCGAAGGAGAAACAUAACAGGUGACACGAUUAACAAAGAACAAUUGAAGGAUUUUUGGGACCAAAUUUCUGAUCAGAGUUUUGACUCAAGGCUACAGACUUUCUUUGACAUGGUUGAUAAAGAUGCAGAUGGCAGGAUCACUGAAGACGAAGUCAGGGAGAUUAUUAGCCUUAGUGCUUCAGCAAACAAGUUAUCGAAUAUUCAAAAACAAGCUGACGAAUACGCCGCGUUGAUCAUGGAAGAGUUAGACCCUGAAAACCUCGGUUACAUCAUGAUUGAGAAUUUGGAGAUGCUAUUGUUGCAAGCACCACAACAUAACGUGAGAGGAGAAAGCCGAAACCUGAGCCAAAUGUUGAGCCAAAAGCUGAAAAUGACUCAAAGUGGUAAUCCGAUAAGAAGAUGGUACGAAGAUUUUAGGUACUUUCUAAUGGAUAAUUGGCAGAGAUGUUGGGUGAUUGUACUUUGGACAGCGGUGAUGGUUGCUUUGUUUACAUGGAAGUACAUUCAGUACAAGGACCGAGCAGUCUAUAAAGUGCUCGGUCCUUGUGUCUGUAUUGCUAAAGGAGCAGCUGAGACACUUAAAUUAAACAUGGCACUUAUUUUGUUACCCGUUUGUCGAAACACCAUCACCUGGCUCAGGAACAAGACCAAAUUGGGUGUUGUCGUUCCUUUCGAUGAUAAUCUCAAUUUUCACAAAGUGAUUGGGGUGGCGAUUUCGAUUGGAGUUGGGUUGCAUGCAAUUUCUCAUUUAGCGUGUGAUUUUCCGAGGCUAAUUCACGCGACAGAGGAAGAGUAUAAACCGAUGGAACAGUUUUUCGGGAAGCAAGCCAAGAAUUAUUGGCAUUUUGUGAAGGAACCAGAAGGGUAUACGGGAAUUAUAAUGGUGGUUUUGAUGACAAUUGCUUUUACUUUAGCAACACCAUGGCUUAGACGGGGAAAGCUUAAUCUACCAUCGUUUUUGAAGAAACUCACGGGGUUUAAUGCAUUUUGGUACUCCCAUCAUUUGUUUGUUAUUGUCUACACGUUGCUAAUAGUUCACGGUUUCAAACUUUAUCUCACCAAGAAAACAUCCAAGAAGACGACAUGGAUGUACUUGGCUGUACCAAUCUUCCUAUAUGCGUGUGAGAGAUUAAUAAGGGCGUUUCGGUCUAGUGUGAAGCCGGUCAAGAUACUUAAGGUGGCGGUUUAUCCUGGGAAUGUGUUGGCAAUUCAUAUGUCGAAGCCACAAGGCUUUAAAUACAAGAGUGGGCAAUACAUGUUUGUCAACUGUGCUGCCGUUUCCCCAUUUGAAUGGCACCCGUUUUCCAUCACAUCUGCCCCUGGUGAUGACUAUCUCAGCGUGCAUAUACGAACUCUCGGUGAUUGGACUAGGCAACUUAAAGUAGUAUUUUCAGAGGUAUGUCAACCUCCACGUAAUGGAAAAAGUGGGCUCUUAAGAGCUGAUUGCCAAGGAGAAAAUCCAAAUUUCCCAAGAGUUUUAAUCGACGGUCCAUAUGGAGCACCAGCACAAGACUACAAAAAAUACGACGUGGUGUUACUAGUGGGGUUAGGAAUAGGAGCAACCCCUAUGAUUAGUAUUGUGAAAGAUAUUGUGAAUAACAUGAAAGCCAAAGAAGAGGAAAUGAGUGCCUUGGAAAGAGGUAACAGUGGUACUGGCACUAACACUGGCAAACUACAAAAGAAUAAAUCAGGGCCAACAAGUGCGAAUAACUUCAAAACAACGAGAGCAUACUUUUAUUGGGUGACUAGGGAACAGGGUUCGUUUGAUUGGUUUAAAGGUGUUAUGAAUGAGGCUGCUGAAAUGGACAAAAAUGGUGUCAUUGAGAUGCAUAAUUAUUGCACAAGUGUUUAUGAGGAAGGUGAUGCGAGGUCUGCUUUAAUCACUAUGCUUCAGUCACUUAAUCAUGCCAAAAAUGGUGUUGAUGUUGUCUCGGGGACUCGUGUUAAGUCUCAUUUUGCUAAACCCAAUUGGCGCAACGUGUAUAAACGCAUCGCUCUUAAUCACACGGGUUCAAGAAUAGGGGUAUUCUAUUGUGGAGCACCGGCACCAACAAAAGAGCUGAAACAAUUAGCUUUAGAUUUCUCACACAAGACGUCAACCAAAUUUGACUUUCACAAAGAGAAUUUCUAAGAAAAUUUUCUUUUUUUGGCUAUCAAACCCACCUUCUAGAAUCAUCUCUCAUCUGUACAGGGAAUUAAAGAUCAACGCCGAUAUAUAGUUUAAGAUAAUGUAUUUUUUUUUUCUUUUUAAUAUUUUUUUUAAUAUAAUAUGAGAGCUGUAAAAGGAUAAUGCAAGGAGUAUAGCGACACCACCACCCAUGAUUGUUGUGGCUGCCAGCAAAGGUAGUAGUGGGAGGAAAUUUUUUAUAAAAGGAAAAAAAAUCACCAUCAAGCUCUUGGGAGGAUUAAAGAAGAAAGAUUCUACAGAAAUGGCGUGUCAUCAUUUCAUCAUGGUGGUUGGCUUGUCGUCAUAAAUUAAAUUUUGUUUCUUUAAUUUUAUUUUUUUGUUGUUAAGAAAUAUUUAUGAUGUAAUAUAGGUUGUGCGUGACAGGGAAUAAAAAUAGAUACCAAC